CACAAGAAGAUCCAAGCGGCCCAUAAUGAAGAAGAAGACGUUGUGGAGGUGUCUAAGGAGGAUGUUGAGAAGGACCUAGCUACAUCAAGGGUGGAAGUUAACGUGCCCCAAGCUGAGGCACCCAAAGGUACAAUUCCUAACUCUAGUGGUUUAAUUAAGACUAACCCAGUUGUUUCUAUACCUUUCCCAAGCAGGUUUGCCAAGACGAAGAAAGAUAAAUCUGAUCAAGAGAUCUUGGAAAUCUUCAAGAAGGUUCAAGUGAAUAUGCCCCUGAUUGAGUGCAUCAAACAAGUGCCUAAAUACGCCAAGUUCUUGAAGGAGCUUUGCACCACAAGGAGGCAGACAAGAUUGAAGGAGGUGGUGAAAAUGAGCGAGACGGUAUCAGCCGUUAUCCAGAGGAAACUACCCCCAAAGUUGAAGGACCCAGGGAGUUUUUCUGUUCCCUGUAUCAUUGGUGACACCAGGUUUGAAAAUGUGAUGUUAGACUUAGGGGCAUCCAUAAAUGUUAUGCCUUAUAAUUUGUAUGUGUCCCUAGGUCUAGGCCCUCUUAAAAGGGAUAAUGUUGUCAUUCAACUUGCUGAUAGGUCUAACAAAUACCCUCAAGGGUAUGUUGAGGAUGUUCUUGUGCAGGUAAACCAUCUGAUAUUCCCUGCGGAUUUCUACGUAUUGGACAUGGAGGAAUCACCCCUAAAUACCACUCCAUUACUUUUAGGGCGUCCCUUUAUGAGGACUGCAAGAACGAAGAUCGACGUGUACAAAGGGACUCUCACCAUGGAGUUUGAUGGUGAUGUUAUACGCUUCAACAUUCUUGAAGCCAUGAGGUACCCUGUUUCUGACUUGAAACCUUGCUUUGCUAUUGAUGUAGUUGAUUCACUCGCGCAGGUUUUCUCUGAAGUAAUGGUUGAGGAUGAAUUGGCUCUGACCCUAGAGGAGGUUGUCGGAUAUGAUGCAAAUGGGGAACCUAUCCCCAAGGUUGAGUGGGACGUUGAGGAGCCUAGAGUGAUCAAGACUGUGGCCUCACUGGAGGCUCAGCCUAUAAAGAGGUCAAUUUCCUAUUUGUCAAUUCCGGUUUCUACUAAUAAAAUGCUACGCUCUAUUGUUCAGGCACCCAAGUUGGAAUUGAAGGUACUCCCUGAGCAUUUGAAGUACGCGUACCUAGGAGAAAAGGAGACCCUCCCAGUGAUCAUAUCGUCAACGCUGGAGGUAGAGCAAGAAAGGAAGUUGGUGGACGUGUUGAAGAAGCACAAGACUGCCAUUGGUUGGACUCUAGCAGAUAUCAAGGGGAUCAGCCCAACCACGUGUGUCCACCGGAUCCUGUUAGAAGAUGGCGCCAAGCCCACAAGAGAAGCCCAAAGGCGUCUACAUCCGCCCAUGAUGAAGGUGGUCCAAGACGAGGUGAUCAAGUUGCUAGAUUGUGGGGUGAUCUACCCCAUUUCUGAUAGUAAGUGGGUCUCUCCAGUGCAAGUGGUGCCCAAGAAGUCUGGGGUGACAGUGGUACAGAACGAGGAUAAUGAGCUAGUGCCCCAGAGAUUAGUGACUGGUCAUAGGGUAUGUAUCGACUACCGGAAGCUGAAUGCCACAACGAGGAAGGAUCAUAUGCCCUUGCCUUUUAUUGACCAGAUGUUGGAGCGCUUAGCGGGCCAUUCCUACUAUUGCUUCUUGGACGGAUAUAGUGGGUACAACCAGAUCUGCAUAGCCCACGAGGAUCAGGAGAAGACGACCUUCACGUGCCCCUUUGGGACCUUUGCUUAUAGGCGCAUGCCCUUCGGCUUAUGCAACGCACCAGGUACUUUCCAAAGAUGUAUGCUUUCCAUUUUCUCAGAAUACAUUGAAAAUAUUAUUGAAGUCUUUAUGGACGACUUUAGUGUCUUCGGUAAAGAUUUUGAUACUUGUUUAGAGAAUCUAGGAUUGAUACUUGAGAGGUGUGUAGAAACUAACCUUGUGCUGAAUUGGGAGAAGUGUCACUUCAUGGUGACACAAGGGAUAGUGUUAGGACACAUAAUAUCUGCUAGGGGCAUUGAGGUAGAUAAGGCUAAGGUUGAUCUUGUACGUCACUUACCCUCCCCCACAACUGUGAGGGAGGUACGCUCUUUUCUUGGCCAUGCAGGAUUUUACAGGCGGUUCAUCAAAGACUUCUCCAAGGUGGCGAGACCUAUGUGUGCCCUAUACCGCAAGCAAUUAGAAAUCAAUGGUUCCCUAACUGUAGAUAAUGUCAUGAUAUCAUCAUUUUUGGAUCAAUGUUUAUUGAUGGCUCCAUGA